CGCCGGGCCUACUCGACGUCCCAUCAUUGUCGGCCAUACCAUACAAUCCAUCCCACCCCCAGCCACCAUGGAGUCGAUCCGCCCAGCACUGGCAAAGAUCCGCCUAGCUGCACCACAGCGAGUCUACAGUAGGCCGCUGUUAUGCCAAUGUCUGCACACAUCGGCUGCGCGGGGCGCCACGCCUCUGCCUCACCCGUCAGUGCCCGGUCCACCACCUGAGACGCCCCAGGCCCAACCUUCAGAUGCAGCGCAACGGGUUGCGAGGAAGAGGCGGCAGGCCGACAUGAUGAAGCAGGCGCGCGAGAUGCGCGAGUCCUACACCCCCUCCAACAAGCCAAAGAGCAUGCUGGCCAAGCGCUUCUGGAAAGACGUCUCGGUCAAGGAGACGGAUGGCGGCCUGCAGGUCUUCCUCGAUCACCGCCCCGUUCGAAUGCCUAACAAGCAGAUCCUCACCGUCCCCGCCUCCAAGCCCCAGCUCGCGGCUGCCAUUGCCCUCGAAUGGGACCUUCUCAUGAGCGCACAGCAGGCGCUCAAGAACGACUACAUACCCAUGACCUCGCUAGCUGCGCGUGCCAUUGACAUUGAGGCGGCGGACAAGGCGGGGCAGUCCAACAUCCGGAACGACAUCCUCGCCUACUUUAUGCGUGUGCUCGCUACCGACACUCUGCUCUGCUGGGCGCCCGAAAAGGUCAUCAACGACACGCUGCAGGACGGGAAGACGCUGCGCCAGAUCCAGGAAGAGGUGGCUACGGACAUCAUUGCAUAUCUCCAGACACACGUGUUCCCUGGUAUCGAGAUCAAGCCCACGCUCGACCCCAACUCUAUCAUCCCCGUGGAGCAGCCCAAGAUGACGCAGGAAGUAAUUCGCGGGUGGUGUGCAGGUCUCCCCGCCUAUGAGCUUGCGGGGCUGGAGCGGGCAGUGCUGGCAUCCAAGAGCCUGCUCGUCAGCGCACGGCUGGUGCAUGAAUGGAGUGAGGUAUUUGCGCAAUCACGGUCCGCCGCUGAGGGUAGUCGCUUUGGUAUCAACGAAGCGGCCGAGGCAAGCAGUUUGGAGGUCAAGUGGCAGACAGUGCAGUGGGGUGAGGUAGAAGACACACACGAUGUGCAAAGGGAGGACCUGCGGCGACAGCUAGGAAGCGCCAUUGUUCUAGUUAGCGGGAACGUGUCAUAAGGUGCCAGACGAGUGUAAAUUAGUGUAUGUAACAUAACAUAUCAAUUGCUUCAGUCGAGAGAAUCUUGGACGACGAGGGCAUGGUAGGCAG